AUGGAUCCGCUCCAUAAACCCAAGUAUAUCGACUCCCACAAGAACUCGGAACCAUUCCCGAGGAUAGACAGCCAAUCUGUGCUGGAUACGCCAAAUCUCUACCAGGUCUAUGUCCCAUACCCCUAUCCUUCCGCAUCUCCUGUCCCUACCACACCAGCUCGAAGUUUCAGCAAUACGGGGAUGCCCCACGGUACAGAAAGGCCACCUAGUGCGCCUCAUACAAGUCGCUCGUCUGGUUCACUCAGCUACGCCGACCUAUCUCAUACGCCGGACGCUCGUGGGACGCCGAUGAGCUUCACGCGCCCGAUUUCGACUUCUCCGCACCCUCCCACCUCGCAGAUGCCUACAAGCGGCGUCGGAGCCAUGGCAUCUCAAGCUGCCUUCGACAACAGCAUGCCCGCCGCAAGUCUCCAUGCACAUUUUGCGCCGGUUACGCCAAUUUUCCACCGGGUCAUUGCUGCACACCCCUAUCCUCCCGCAUCCCCUGUCCCUACCGCGCCAGUUCGAAGUCUCAGCUACACGGAGGUGCGCCAUGGGACGGAAACACCACCCGGUACGCCUGAUGCAAGGCGCUCGUCCGGCUCAUUCAGCUACGCCGACCUAUCUCGUACAUCGUACGCUCGCAGGACACCGACGAGCUUCACGCACCCGAUUCCGACUUCUCAUCAUCCUCCUGCAUCCCAAAUCGCUAUAAGCGGCGUCGAAGCGAUGUUCUCUCGAGGUAUCUUUGAUGAUAUCGCACUCCCAGACGGAAUCAACGGCCGUCAGGCACGAAACUGGCAUCAGCUUGUCAGCGUGGAGGACCGGUUGCUUGUUGUCCUCCGUGCUAUAGAUCGUGCGGGGUUUCGUAGUAUUGGUGCCCUCCUCAACGCUCUCUUCGCCGAACAUCACUCCAAACACCAGGCAGUGUUCCAAGGUGUCGCCUCGUUCCUGAGAUGUCGCGAACACAUUCCGGACCCGCAAUUGCGGCCUGCGGCGAUCGUCAAGGCCAUAUUUGAUCAUCCGAAGUCACAGGUUUACGACAACGGGAAGGCGCAGCCCCCUUCCUGGUCAUUUCUUCCGACUUACGCCAAACCACCGUCGCAGCGCAGCCUCACCCCUGGUAGCAAUUCAUCGCGCAAGGGGAUAUUGUCGACUCGAAACAGCCUGCUCCAAUGGGCUAUCACCGAGGUACUGGCUACCGUCGAUCGUGAGAUGGAGACGCUGCUCCGUCCGGAGCACGGAUUCACCUCCGCAAAGGCCACGAAGCUCACAUGGGACGACCUACUAGCCUUUGACUUACCGGCCAUGGAAGAGAAGCUUGCAACACUUGCGCCGACAGUCUUUUCGAUUCUUACCACCGCCGGCAUUAGUCGGCGAGCUCGUAGGAGGCUCUCUGCGGAUGUCGUGCGUGACGAGGAGAUGGAGGCUGAAGAAGACCAACAUGUCGAGGAGGAUAUGGAAGUGGAAGCGGAAGCGGAAGAUGCCGAGCACGCGCGAAGAGCAGAUCGUAAUGUGUUCAUGGGAAUCACGGUUAUCAUGUUGAUAUGCAUGUUCUUCCGUACCCGCUGUGCAAAUGUAUUUGCCACGAUUACUGGACUCAUACUGUUCUCAUGCAAUGCCCACCGCGACGUAUAUGCCUUCCUUAGUCAAGUUGGCCUUUCAAUUGGCUAUAGCACAGUUCAUUCUAAGCUUGGACUGCUCGCUUUGGAUUCGGCUGCAAAAAUCACAAGCUGGGGAAAAUCUGCGUCGUCUACAGGCCACCUCACAUGUCUCAUCCUCUACGACAAUGUGAACAAGGCGCAUCAAGCUUGGCGUCAGGUCCUCGGCCGUCAGAAUGACAUUGAGAAUGGCACUGCAACAACACUUGUUCGGCUUGUAGACGUACCUGAGGGUGCUCUUGAUACUGCACCCGUCAUUGCGGCAAUGAAGGCAGGGAAACGCGGCAACAUCACUGUCUCCGACCUCCUCUUCGACAUCAACUGGUCGCAUAUUGAAAAUGUGGGGAAAGCAACUGUCCUCCGAGUUUGGGUUAAGCAUGUCCCAUCACUAUCAAAGCAUCGUGCGGAGGUCGAAAGGAACUUCAAGGAGACAUAUGCUGUACACCGUCUCCCACUGCGCAAAACAGAGUAUCAGACACUACGCACUACGGGGAUCAACGAGGCAACUACCACAGGUACCGGCAGUAUCCUGCGGAAUGUUAUUUUCCAGCAGCUGCAGAUUGUUGCGUCUUGGAUAUACACCAGCUAUGUGCUCAUAUGCGGUGAUCAGCUCACCGUAGAUCGACUACGCAAAUUCAAGAUCUACAGCGAAAAAGGUGGUGACCCGGUGGAGCGGGGCGAGUACAUCUUGCCUGUUAUUCAGCUUUUCCACCUCAAAUGGGCAUUACUCAAAUGCAUCUUCAAGCUCCACUGGUGGAAGGAUGGACAGGAAAAGGGCACAUUCGGCCUUCAUCGGGAUGCUGCACACAUUGGACGGGGCAAAUUCAACCCAGACAAAUGUGACUUUUACGACGGACACCACAUUGUCGAGGAUAUAUUUGAAGCAACGUGUAUUGAAGCACUCCGGAUUUCAUGUGAGGACAUGACUGGCGCCUCCAGACCAUCGAAUCAACAUUUACUUGGUGUCGUCGACUCCUACUUUGGACCAGAUGGUGAACUUCAUGACUAUUCCUAUGACGACAUCUUAGGCUUAGCCGGGAAGGUUUACUCCUGCUAUCUCACUACGGCAAGUCAUGAGGAUUCUUGGGCUUUCUCUGCCAAAUCACCACAAGCGGAUCUCAAGGACUCAGCGGGCGAGGCUUACCCUGACCACUCUAUCUCUCAGUCUGCAGCUCAAUCUCGCCGCCGACGUGGUGCAGCUGCAGCUGCACUUUCUGAGCCCGAGCACACUUGGUGUGGUGACCGAUGCUUGGCAAACUACACUCUUUUCAUGCGCAUCUCAUUCUGGUACUUGGAGCUGUGCAAUAGCAUUGCUGAAGGGGACAUUGGGAGGGCUUUGGAAAUCACUAAGUUGUUACGCUUCUCAUUUUGGGGCGCAGGAUCAACCAACUACGGCAAUGAACUCCUCGAACUUGCAUGCAAUUUCCUGCGUGAAUUUCCUCCAGAUCUUCUCACAGCCCUGAAGAAUAACUGGCUUGUCAACACAAGUGGGCAGGCUGGUCACUGGAUUGAACUUGACUUGCUUCAAGAGCAUAUUAAUUAUCUGCUCAAGCGACUCUUCAAUUCAAAAAGCCAAAGCUUCGACAGUGUAUUCCUUGCACAGAAGGUCAGCAUCAAUCUCAGCGGAUUCCAGGAGCUUCGAGUUCGAUUCCGCCAAUGGUUUGGACUGAAGAAAAACAGCGGGAGACAUGCCGAUAUCUCAGCAAGUGCAGAUAUUAAUCGCCUCGGCCAGAUUUACCGUCUCGAACAUGUUCUCAAAUUUCAACCUGGUCGAACCCAAGCAUAUACAGCACCUGAUGAGUUUGCAGAAGGCAUCGAGAAGCUUCAGAGUGGUCAUUUGCAGACAUUUUUAACACGGACAAUGAAUGGUCAAUGUAUCGUGGAUGCAGAAGAAGACCCCAAUGCGGACAGCGACAGUGGAGUGCAAGUUGCACCUCCUACUGCACUCUAUGUGAUAGAUGGGGAAGCUAACCUCGACAUGUUUGAUGAUCUGUAG